AUGACAACCCCUAUAUUCUCGGCAGAUGACCUCACGGUCGAAAAUCUGACCCCCCAUGUCAUUGAGAUCGGCUCGAAUAUCGAGAGCGAGAGGCUGAAGUUUGUCUUCUCCACGCUGAUACAGCAUUCGCACGACUUUGUUCGUGAGACAAGAUUGACAACGGCGGAAUGGGAAUCAGCGUGGCAGUAUUUGACCAAGGUGGGCCAAUUCUGCACACCAGACCGACAAGAGAUGAUUCUUCUGUCCGAUGUUCUCGGCAUAUCGGCACUGGUAGAUGCCAUCAACAAUCCAGUAAUCCGUACGGCUACGGAAUCGUCUGUUCUGGGCCCCUUCCACAACGAGGCCUAUGACUUCGAAAACGGCCAGUCCAUUGCGUCCAAGGGGGCGAUUGGAGAGCCCAUGCUCAUCCGCGGAACUGUGUCAGACACAGACGGGAAUCGACUGUCUGGUGUAUCUGUGGAUGUGUGGGAGACCAAUGGAAACGGAUUCUACGACAUGCAGGAUCCGGAGAAGGACGAACCGGAUUGUCGAGGCAUCUUCCACACAGACGAGGAAGGGAGGUUCGCGCUGGUCGGGGUGCGCGCCGUCGAUUAUCCGAUCCCACAUGAUGGGCCUGUGGGGACGCUAUUGCGACUGUUGAAUAGGACGAAUGUGAGGCCAGCUCAUGUGCAUCCAGACUGUGUCCGAUUGACCACGGCAUUGUACUCGUAUGAUAGCGUCAAUAUCGGGCAUGAUCCGGUCUUUGGGGUGAAGAAGAGUCUCAUCAAGCGGUUCAACUGGUCGGAAGAUCGCGCACUGGCGGAAAAGUAUGCCAUGGAGAUGUUUGAGAGAACAGAUGCCGAAGGCCGGAAGUCACUCGGAUUUUGGACAUUGGAACACGAUUUUGUGCUGGUUCGAGAGUAG